AUGGACAGGCCAUCGGUGGACGUACCGCGCACGCCCACGCCCACACUUCGCUCCACCUACCUAGCUCAAGACACACCCGUCCAAGAGCGACACUACGCGCACUACAACACCCGGCCAGGACCCAGAGGCAACCUCCAUCGCAACCUGUUGCGUGAUCUCGACGGCGUCGCCCAUAACCACGGCGAGGCCAUGGACGUACACCCCUUUGUGCGCGCGACGGCCGUGUCGCCCCGUAACCCCAGGCAGCGCGAGUACUCGCUGGUCGAGCGUGCUGUUCCCGGGCGGCAAAACACCUUCGACUUUGGCUCUGGACACGCUGCACCAGCAACAUGCACGCACAUGGACACGGACUCGCGCUUCCUCGACCCGCGCGAUCCGGCACCCACUCCGUCACCCACGCCUCCGCCCAAGGACCGGCCUCGUGCACCGACUCCCAUCCCGAUCGUGAGGACCGCUGACCUCCUCCGCCCCCCGCACGCACUGGCGGCCCGUCCCAGGCCGAGGCCGAGUAUGCCGCAUUCCGUCCAUGCGUCGGAGGCGUCUCCGUACACCGCGGCCACCGGCUUUGGCGUAACGGGCAGAACGGCGACGGUGUACAAUGCCAACCCGCAACGUGGUGGUGUCCCUCUCCCUCCUCCUCGUCCUGAUACCACGCCAACGCCGCAGGGCGAGCUGUCUACCUCGCCGAGGAGUAGGAAGUGGUGGACGGUCGUGUACGCGGCGUCAGAGCCGUUUCUGCGUGUCGUGCUGUCUGUGGCUGCCACGGUCGUUUUGGGCGCCAGCCUUGCGAUGCAGGACGCUGGCACAACCAACCCAGCUUCUGGAGAUGCCACGCUUUUUUGCGCUCGGCCCCAAGUCACGACCACGCCCCCACUUUCCGCCACGGCCGCAGCGGUCGUCGCUGCUGCAUUUGGCCUGACAGCGACACUCGCAGCGGUGCAUGUCGCCACGGCAAGCCUGCACGCCGUGCUGUUCGUCACCCUCGCCCUGCCUUGGGGAUACCUCGCGCGCGCUAGCUCUCGGAGUGGCACAUCAAAGUCCCGGGCGUAUCGAGCCCCGUCACCGCCAUUCUGUACGCCGGAACACUCGUCCAGCCCUGCUCUAAGGCCACUCAAGCUGGUCCCGCGGGCCACACUGGCUCGUCCGUCUACUGCGGGUGCGAGAUUGGCCUUGGCCGAAGCUUCUCUCCUCCCCCUGGCCCACCGGCACGAUAUCGGCUGGGCGUGGUGGGCGUGGCACGCUCAUCGCCGCUCCCCGCUUGCCCACGUGUUGGCCAUGUUGGCGUGGUGCGCGUGUGUGGCUGCUCUUGGGGUGGGUCUUGCCGCAGACGCCCACGGGACAGCCGCAUGGCUGGUCGUGGUCGCCAUGGUGCUCCUCCUCGACGCACUGUGGCACGCUGCCACAUACCUGUUCCAUCUGCGCUCGUCCUGGGCAGCAUUCGCCCACCCACCCGUGCCCCCCUUCCCUCGGCAUCCUGACACGGUCCUCGCGGCUCAAACCGCAUGUGCACCGCGCACAGUCAUGUUUGGCUCGCGGACCGUCAGCGCCAUCCUCGCCAGCGAAGCGACGACACCGCGGUCUGCGGCGCGUUCGAUCCCGACAGUCGGCUCCUUGCUCUCCCACGCGUCGCCUUCACAAGUACCGCCUGUACCGCCCCUGCCCCGCUCGACGGGGUCGUCGGCGUACGCCACGCCUUCCACGACGCUCACCCCGCCGUCCCCGUCGGUCGCAUCGUCCUCGUCGUCGACAUCGACCUCGCAAGCCUCCUCCUCGGCAAGCGCCACGCCCACCGCGCAAGCAGCAGCGUCCGCCGCCAGCCUCGGCAUAGACCCCAGCACCUGGCCGGCACUGUACGCGUCCGACCCGCUGCUCGCGCCGCUCCUCGCCGCCAUACUCCGCGGACCGUCCAUGUCGCCCGGCAGCACCGCAACCGACUUUGCCCUCGACGACGACGGGCUGCUGUACCUCGCCCCCGCGCCGUCGGGGCGACAUGCCCGUGUCCUCGGCCAAGGUCGCGCCCAAAGGCACAGCCACAGUGUUCGCCUGGUCCCGCCGGCGAGCGCGCGAGUGUGGCUGCUGGCGUAUUCAGCCGAGAGGAGCACGGCUGCGGACGGCGGGCUGUUGAGAGCUCUGCCGAGGGCGUUCUGGUGGCCCGGGAUGGAGGCGGAUAUCGCCGCUUGGGAAAGUGUGGAUGCGUAG